UGCUGUGUUUUACUACUCCCAGGCCCAGCCACCAAGCCAACCAGGACCAUGGCUGUGCUCCGUUCCUUGCUGCCACAGCUGGGGCUGUUCCUGUGCCUGGCUCUGUGCUUUUCUCCUGCCUUGUCUGCAAGUUAUAACGACCCCUGCAUGGUCUUUGAUACAAUCUCCACCACGGACAACUUGGGAGUCAACGUUACAGUUGAGGGCUCUGGUGGAAACAUAACCUACACAGUGCGGAUUCCUGUGAACAGUUCCGUCAGUGUUGUGAUUCUGAAAACAAUGAACCAGAACAACAAGUCCGUGGGUUCCUGGGUUGGAGCAACUCAGGAAUGCAACGACAGCAGUGUCCUAUAUCAUGUGACACCCUCAGACAGCUCUGACUUCCAGGCAACGAUGACAGUUACUGAUUCUGAGGAUAUAACUAAAGUCAACCUGUAUGUCUUCAUAGCUAUCGGCAAUGGAACAGCUGUAAUGACAUCUAUAAACCUGGAAGAGCUAAGAGCCAUGACCACAGCCAACACCACAGCCAUGACCACAGCCAACACCACAGCCAAGACCACAGCCAUGACCACAGCCAAGACCACAGCCACAAGCCUGGCUGUCAAUGCUCUCGGCAGCCCCCUUGCGGGUGCCCUCCACAUCCUGCUUGUUUUUCUCAUCAGCAAACUCCUCUUCUAGAGCAAACCAGGGAAGCAAAUCUCCGACCUUACAGAGCAUCCUUCCAAAGCUAAUUCCCUGCCAGUGCUUAAACAUGCGUGAAUGAAGGUUUUAUGUCCUCAGUGUACAACUCCAUCACCUCUGACCACAGACCUGUGACACUCUUUGAGGGACACAAAUAUUUGCCUGGAUCUUUCAAGGCACAAAUUCUGCUUUUUGUAAAUACUUAGACCAGCCUAUUCUGACUCUCAGGUUUACAUGUUGAAAGCCAAUCUGAACUUCUGCUUAUUGCCAAAGGAUUCCCAUGAGCCUCUUAGGUUUGUGGUGGGGAGAGGGAUCCUUCUUUGCUUUCAAGAUGAUUUCAGAUUUCUGGCCAAAUCUACUCAGAUUACAAGGAACUUCUGUGACUUAUGUGAGACAGAAAAAAAGAGAAAUGAGUGAUAGUCCCAUGGCUAUUAGUAUAUCCCCAUUGUGGCCAGACCAGCAGGCUUUGAAGAGCAGAAGUAUGUGAAAACUAAGAAGCCAAUAACAGGACACAUGGGUAUUUUCCCUAAGUUAAAUAAACGGCUCAUUGGACAAGAAUAAUGAAUGUGUUAAAUUGAAAGAUAAGCUUUAAAUGAGUGAUGAAAUACAAAGUGUUACUCAAA